AUUACUAUUCCAACUUUUUGAAAUCUCCAAACUACCGGAUACUCGAAGUCAGACAGUGAUCAGUUCCAUGAAAUCUCAUUUUGCAAGAUACGGUAUACCAUUGAUAGUGAUAUCUGAUUAUGGACCUCAGUUUGCAAGUAAAGAAUUUGCAGAAUUUGCAAAGAAAUACCAAUUUAAACAUAUAACAAGCAGUUCAUACCAUCCACGGUCGAACGGAUUAGCAGAGCGUUCAGUACAAACGGCGAAGAAAUUGUUAAAGAAAGCUCAAGCAGAUCAUGUUGAUCCUUAUUUAGCAUUGUUAGCUCAUAGGAACACUCCAACUAAUGAGAUGCUAGGAUCACCAGCUCAACGACUUAUGAGUAGAAGAACAAGAACGAUUCUUCCUACAUCUGAAGAAUUACUUAAACCUCAAAAGUCAUAUUAUGAUCGUCAUACAAAAACACUACCAUCGCUAAAUAAAGGAGAUUGUGUUCGGGUAUAUCAAGAUAAUCGCUGGAAACCAGCAGUUGUAGAAGAAGUGCAUAAGACGCCUAGAUCAUAUAUACUUAGAUCAGGUGGAUCAGUAUUGAGAAGAAAUAGAAAAGAUAUUAGAGAAAACGGUUCAGCUGUUGAAGAGAAUAUCAGAGGAACAGAACAAGGAGUUAAUGCACAGAAAACAGAUGUAAAAGGAUAUGAUUCCAGAUAUUCUCAAGGGCAAAGUUUAGAAGAUCAACUACCAAAUUCUGCUAAUUCAGAAACAAGGAACGUUGAGCUAAGAACUAGAAGUGAGAGAGUGAUUAGAAAGCCGGCCAGGUAUUUGGACUGA